AUGAAAAUGAACGUAUUCGUCUACAGUUCGAUUCCGAAAGGACAAAAUACGACUUAUUUUCUGUGGAUUUGCGACAACCAUCAAACAUCCAUAUUCACUUCGAAAGCUCACACUCUUGCUCUGGGUCAUUUUUUCGAAGGAAUCUUCAAAGAAACACCAAACGAGAAGUCAAAAUGGCAAUGUGUGAAGUACAUGAAACCUGCUGAACCUCUUCUGAAAGGAGAAAUGGUUGCAAAUCACGUUGUCCUGAGAACUUCAGUGGAGAAGUAUAAGCCAGAAGAUGCUUCGAAAAAUUGGUAUCCUCAAGUCCAUUCCAAGCAUCUCGGAAAGAUCAUCGACAACAAGAAGAAACUCUCUGAAGACUGCAAUGGACGCGAAAUCAAAACUCAGCUCUGUAAGGUUGGAGAUGAUUACAGAUGGGUUGUCAUUGAACUUCUUUAA